GAUUAUGCGCGUCUCGAACGAAAGGUUAGUGUAUCGCCAGCGUCAGUACAAUAUGAGUUCAAACAACUCGUGCCGCGAGUCUUGGGCUCAAGUGAGAUCCACGCGGAGAUCCAGAUCAUCUACCACUACGAGAUGCGCCGAGUGAAAAUUCGCGCAAGGGUUAUAUGCUCCAGCAAGAGCGCCUGUUUCUUAUUUGGCCUCUUCAUUAUGCUUCACGGAAAGUUCUACCUCGCGCGAACGCAUGGGAGGUUGUAUGAAUAG